AUGCUCUCUUUGCUCACGUGUGUGCUUCUCGCACCGUCUGUGCUCGGUAGCUACGACCCGAUCGCGCUCGAGGCGGAGCUCGCAGAUUGGAAGGCAAGCCGCGCUGGUAGCAUCGCGCGUGCCCACGGCUUUCUGAAGAGUGACGCCGACGACGAGCUCCGUCGCUUCUAUGCCACCAAGUUGGACAUUGCGCGCCUCAACGUCGUGCACCCGAACGCACAUUUUUCGCUCGACUCACCGUUUACUCUCCUCACGGUGCCCGAGUUUGCGGCCUACGUCCGGUCGUCGACACUGGCGCAGCGUUCUGAUGCGCGCCCCUCGGACGCGAAUAGCACGACGGUGCUGCCGGCAAGUGUCGAUUGGACAACGUCCUCGUGUAUUGGCUCGGUGCAGCAGCAGGGGAACUGCGGGAGUUGCUGGGCAUUCGCGACUGCGCUCGCUCUUGAGAGCGCCAUGUGUCUCGCUUCGCCGACGCCAACACUCGUCAAGCUCUCGGAGCAGCACCUCACAAGCUGCGACAAGGCGUCUGGAAAUUUGGGCUGCCAAGGUGGGUAUCCCUCGAAAGCCAUCGAGUACGUCACCAACAACGGCUUGUGUCUCGGCAAGGACUACCCGUAUGUCUCGGGGACUUCUGGCAACGAUGAGACGUGCCGCGCGACGAGCUGUGUGCCAAUGCGUCCCACUUCGCUAAAGUCGGUGAACGUGGUGCCGGGCGAAGCCGGGUUGCAAGCCGCUGUGGCGCGCCAACCCGUCAUUGUGGGCAUCGCCGCUGGCAACGAAGAGUGGAAACAGUACAAGAGCGGGAUCCUCGCCUCGUGCUCGACGACCGACUUGGACCACGCAGUUGUUGUUGUUGGCUGGGGCGACUCGGCGAAUGGCUCGUACUGGCGCAUCCAGAACUCAUGGGGCGUUGGCUGGGGCGACCGCGGCUUCAUGCAGCUGCAGCGCGCGGCCAUGCUCAACGGCACAUGCGGCCUCGCCUCCGACGCCUCGUACCCGUCGCUGGCCUAG